AUGGCUGAGUUAGAAAAACUUCGACGGCGGAAAAUAAGUGCUCAGGGCUGGCUCACAAGAACUGUUUCCAAGCUAGAAGGUGUAUUGUCUAGCAAGGAGGUGCAGAAGUUGCCUCUGAGUGAUUUGCUGUCCGAGUUUAAAAAGCGGCUGGAAGAUUUCGACUCGGCUGAGGCCGACUACGAGAUGGAGCUGCCCGACACUGACAUAGCUGCUGCCAUCGAAGCAGCUGGUGAGGUCAGGGACCAGGCCGUGCUCUCCAGGCAGAGAGCGAUCAAGCUGCUGGGAGACAUGGAGGAGAGUGCCGAGGCUGGAUCCAGCUGUUCCUCCUCGGAUAAGGUCAGGCUGCCCAAGCUGCAGCUGCCCAAGUUUGCUGGGGAUGUGCUGAAGUGGCCCCAGUUCUGGGAGGCGUUCUCAGUGACAGUGGACAAAAGUGACAUGCCAGAGGUAACUAAACUUACCUACCUGCGCUCCCUGCUGUCGGGAGAAGCUCAGCGGUGUGUGGAGGGUAUGUCUCUCUGCAAGGACAGCUACCAACACACUUGCGAGAUCCUCCAGGAGAGGUUCGGUCGGAAGGAGCGAAUCAUCUUCGGACACAUCCAGGCCCUUCUACAAGUAGGGCAGGAGCAGAAGCUGUCGCUGAAGUGUCUGCAAGAUGAGCUUCUUGUCCACGUGAGGAGCUUGGAGGCACUGGAGGUGACAGGAGAGAGGUACGGAGUGGUCCUGACACCGCUCUUAGUGUCACGGCUGCCAGAAGAGGUCCGCAAGAACUGGGCAAGAGAAGGAGGAGGCAAGGAAAGUGACCUGGACUUCCUGCUUCAGUUCCUGAAGAAGGAAAUCAACAGCCUGGAGAGGUCCCAGGCCUUCAGUGGUCUGGCAGCACCUGCAGCUGAGCAGCUUCCUGGCCUGCGGCAGGAGCGGCGUGCCAGGCGGGAGAGGCCCGCAGCCUCUGCUGCUGCCCUGCAGACGUCAAGUUCAGCUGCAGCCUGUGGAUUCUGCAGUGGUGGUCAUCAGACGGCUAGCUGCCCAGACCUGCUGAAGCUGGCGGUGGGUGACCGACCUGCCAAGAUACAGAAGGCAGAGGUGGAGGUAGAGGUCGCUGAAGUUCCAGUGAUCUGCGCUCCGCUCGCUCGGCCUUCGGUCCCGUCCAGUGCGCUGGCUGCGUUCAGCAACCUGGAGUUGGCCGAUCCUCCACAGGAUGGUCGACAGCUUUCUGUGGACAUUCUCAUCGGACUCGACUAUUACUGGCAGGUGAUGGGGAACGGUUUCAUCAGGGUGGAUGGGUCGGGUCCGGUGGCUCAGCAGACCGUGUUCGGCUGGGUGUUGUCUGGGCCCUCUGGUGAGCCUGCGGGUCACCCGACUGUGACUGGGACUCAGUUCCUCGUCAUGUCAGAUGUGUCUGAGGAUAGACUGAGACGGUUCUGGGAUCUAGACAGUGUAGGGAUCUCAGACUCGCCGUUUGAGGAGGAUGUGUCUAAGGACCCAGUCGUGCAGGAGUUUGAGUCGUCUGUGUGCUUCCAAGAUGGGAGAUAUGUAGUUCAGCUUCCGUGGAAGCAUGAGAAGCAGCUCUGUCUGGAGGACAACAGGAGAGCUGCUGAGGUUAGACUAGCUAGCCUCGAUAGGAAGUUAGAUAAGGACCCUCAGUUACAUGCAGCCUAUGACCGUGCCCUAGAGGAGCUUGAGGCUGAGGGGAUCAUUACUGAGGUGUCUUGUGAUGAGGUGGAUGGUCCUGUGUUCUACCUGCCGCACCGACCCGUAGUGCGUGAGUCCAGUGCUACCACUAAGGUUAGGCCUGUCUUUGAUGCGUCAGCCAAGGGACCCAAUGGCGUGAGUCUCAAUGACUGCCUGGAGACCGGUCCGUGCCUACUGCCAGACCUGGUUGAGGUGCUGAUGCGGUUUAGGAGAUGGAGGUUCGCGGUGUCAGCGGAUAUCCGCAAGGCGUUCCUCAUGAUUGGACUCAGGGAGCGUGAUCAGCACGUUCAUAGGUUCCUGUGGCACAAGGAUGAUGUCGUGAGGACCAUGUCCUUCAACAGGGUAACUUUUGGGGUCAAGAGUAGCCCGUUCCUGCUUGGUGCCACGCUGAGACACCACCUGCUCUCGUGUCCUCCCUCACGUGCGGUCUCGGAACUUGGUCAGAACAUGUAUGUAGAUGACCUCUUAUCUGGUGCUGACUCUGAGGAUGACGCACUAGCUCUGUACUCUGAGGCGAAGGAGGUCCUGGCUCAGGCUGGGAUGGAGUUGACUAAGCUGAGCUCUAACAGCUCUGUCGUGUUGGACAAAGCGGCCGCGCUGUCUAGUUCAGACGAUGCCGCCGAGAGUCACCAUGUCCUGGGAGUCGAGUGGAAGCCCGGUGAUGAUGUGUUCUCGUUCAAUGGGGUUUGUGUUCCCGAGGAGGUGAGGGUGACUAAAAGAGUGAUCUUGUCUUUCAUCGCUAGACUGUUCGACCCGCUAGGCUUCCUGUCUCCCUACAUCAUGACUCUGAAGCAGCUGUUCCAGGAGACUUGGUGUCUGGGUCUCGACUGGGACGAACCUGUGUCUGACGAUAUCUGUAGCAGGUUCAUGACGUGGUUGAACGGUCUGAGACUUGUGAAGGGGAUCACUGUGCCACGGAGCUACUGUUGUGAAGGGUGGCGUGAUGUCAGUGCUCUGACCGUGCAUUCCUUUGGUGAUGCUUCAGAGGUGGGCUACGGUGCCGUGGUGUACCUGCAGCUGACGCUGAGUGACGGAUCAGUGGUGACGCCUCUGGUGAUCGCUCGCGGCCGAGUGGCUCCGCUGAAGAGGGUCAGCCUGCCGCGUCUCGAGCUGCUCGCCAGCCUGAUGGCUGCCCGACUGCUCAGGUUUGUGUUCCGCGCGCUCAACUUGCCAGCGGAUUCUCCGUACCGGUGCUGGACGGACUCGAUGGUGUCGCUCGGAUGGAUCAAGGGUGAUCCGUCCAGGUGGAAGCAGUUUGUUCGCAACAGAGUGACAGAGAUCCAGUGUUUGACUGACCCUGCUCAGUGGGUUCACUGUCCUGGAUCAGACAACCCGGCUGAUCUGAUCACGCGAGGUGUCAAUGCCAAGGCACUGACGGACUCGUGCUGGUUCACUGGCCCGGACUGGUUGAGAGAGGGUGGUGAUGGUGCAGCUGACCUUCCCCUCCCCCCAGGGCCGGACUUGAUCGAGUCUGAGCUGUCUGCAGAGGCUACUGGUGCCCCGGCUCCGGUCGCAGCAGCUCAGCUGGCGGCCACUGUUGUCGCUGCCAAUUCGUCUUCGGAGCCUGUCUUUGAGGUAGAGCGGUUCUCCUCUCUGACAAAGGCCAUUCGUGUCGCCGCUCUGGUGUUGAGGUUCAUCAAGAGGUUGAAAGAGCGGCGAGUUUCUGGUAGAAGUCGUGACCUCCCAGCUCUGAGUUUUGUCGAGCUGAGGGAGGCAAAGAUGUGUCUCAUCAAGUUGACCCAGUUGCAAGCCUAUCCUACAGAACUGAAUGCUCUGGGACGAGGCAAGCCUCUUAGCGGCGGCUCCCGAGUUGCAUCUUUGCGUCCGUUCUUGGACGAGCAGGGGCUGCUGCGAGUGCGCAGUAGACUGGUGAACUCUGACAUGACUCUUGGUGACAAGUGUCCCAUUCUGAUCCCCAAGGGUCAUCUCGCUGACCUGAUCAUCAGUUUUCAGCACGUGCUGUUGAAGCACGCUGGUGUUGACUCGCUCCUGACGACUCUCAGACGCGAGUACUGGAUCGUCGGAGCCCGGAGAGCAGCCAAGAGAGUAAAGCGCGCCUGCGUUGCGUGCCAGAGACAGGAUGCUGCCGCUCUGAACGCGCCGGUGGCGCCUCUCCCGGCUCUGAGGGCAAGUAAGGCUCCGCCUUUCUCUGUGACAGGCGUGGACUUCUGCGGCCCGCUCUUCUGUCCUUCCCGACAGAAGGUCUACAUUUGUUUGUUCACGUGUGGUGUGACCAGAGCGAUUCAUUUGGAGCUGGUCGAUUCUAUGUCGCUGUCGGACUUCCUGUUGGCUUUCAGGAGGUUCUGUGCCCGGCGUGGCAUGCCGUCAUUCAUAUACUCUGACAACGCCUGUACGUUUAAGAGUGCGGCUGCCAGUCUGCUGUCCGAGUUCGGACCCGCCAGCCCGGAGUGGAAGUUCAUAGCCCCCAGAGCCGCUUGGUGGGGAGGCUGGUGGGAACGGCUGGUUCGCACAGUCAAGAGCGCCCUGAAGAAGACGCUCGGCAGGAGCGUACUUUCGAAGGUGGAGCUGGAGACUCUGCUUCUUGAGGUCGAGGCUGCGGUGAAUUCUCGUCCUCUGACGUUUGGCAGCGAUGUCCGCGACGGGCCGGGAGUCAUAGAGCUGCACCGUUUCCAGCUGCGCACAGCCCUGAAGGGCUGCUAG